AUGUCGGAAACUCUGUGCGGUGAAGACUCUCCACCACCCACCGCCGGAUCUAGAUCCAGUCCUUCCGUGACUGAAAUCCCCGAUUCAUCUGGGAAUUCCGUCUACGAUAUCGAUGAUCUGAUUGACGACGAAGGGGAGGUUAUCGAUCUUACAACAAACGAAAACGCGCGCAUACGAUUCUCGUCUUUUUAUGCCGACGAGAGAGAUGAGGCGCCGAAGAAGCUUUCAGCACAUCCCGGCGAUAGUGGUGAGGCGGUUAUCGAAUCCUACCGCGCGUCAUCCUUCGUCGGCAAUACAAGAACCAGCGACGACAUCGCCGGAAGACCUACAUUGGACGGCGUGUCGCCAUAUUCUACGGAGAGCGCAAAUUCGGUCGAAAUCCCUAAAACACUAUCAGCGACCGAGCCAUCGCACCAUUCUACGUCUCCCUCGAUAUUAAGAGUCAUGGGAAAAUGGCUAGACCCGGAACCGCACCGAUAUCUUGUCCUGUGCUGGAUGGUUCCUGAAGAAGAUGAAGAGUCUGAUUCAGAACUCAAUCGUCGCCUUCAUGAGUACGACAAAAAGAUCUUGCGAGACUUUAUACAAGAGGAAUGUCCGCCUCCUUCGAGAUCGCGAAAACGCUUACCGCCAGAGGACAGCCAGAGUUCGACACAGGCCCGCAAGAGGCCAAAGACCCAUACGAUGGCCUCUGUAUCUAAGAAUCACCGCUAUCCCUCUCGUCAAGUGGAGGAAAAUCUCUUCCUCGAUGCGGAUGUAUGUCUGGCCGACCUCCAAACCGGUGAAGGAAAUUGUUUUUAG